AUGAGUCCAAAGCCCACCAGAUCGACACGCGCUGUCGCAUCUUCCCCGCUCGUGACCAUCAAUCGGUCUAUUACAGACCCGUCAGGAAACCUUGGUGACUCUCUUUACCUGACCGUGAAGAUGCCUUCGAACAAGCUUCGUGAAAUUACCGGUGGUAGCGCUCGAGGUAGCUCGUCCGCAAGACGCACCGUCAACGUUUUCACAGAGAAUCCCAUCAUCACGGGGCCACGGUCUAGUCGGCCGAAGAAGAAGCUUGUGGAGGUAAGCACGAGCGAAGGGGAUGACUUGGACGACCAAGAGGAGGAUGAGGUCGAUGAGGAUGCUCCCGGUGAGGAGGACGACGACGUGGAUGCUGAUGGCGAUCUCGAUAUGGACGACGCACCACCCCAACCACCUGUGUCGAGAAGACAUGCUAAAUCUUCUGCCCCCUUUACAGCGGCCGGAAAGGCGGUGAAAAGCGUAGAGGAAAAGGAGAUGGAGUUGGAUGAUGAUGAAGAUGAAGAUGACGACGAGUUGUCCGAGCUGGACACGGAUGCCGAGGGCGAGCCAGAUGAUCAAGAUGAGAGCGGCCUGGGCAAUGAGCAGGCAGGGGAGGAGGAGUUGGACGACGAGGAGGAAGAUGAGGAAGCUGACAGUGACGAUGGUACCCCUGGCGGGGACCUCAGCCGCUUGACCAAACGGCAGAGAGGUAAUUUGGGCAAUGACUUCCUGCAGCUUCCUAUGGAACCUCAAGUGAAGAAACAUCUGACGGCAGAGGAGCGUGCCAUGCGCCGAGCCGAGAUGGCCCGACGUCGGAAGAAUCUGAGCGAGAAGCGAAAUGAGGAAGAAAAGAUGGACACCAUCAACCGGUUAUUACGCAAGCAAGCCCCGAAACGACGUGGUCGAAUUCCUGUCGCUGAAGCUGAAGCGGUCGCCGCGGAGCAAGAGGCACAGGAGUACGAGAAGCCACAGCCGACGAUGGUCCGAUGGAUCAGUGGCCGCGAGGGCAGCCGCAUUGGGGUCCCUGAAGAAUGGCUCGGCACCCCUGCUGGUCGUGUUUUUGGAGGAGCUACCAAUGAAUCAGCGAAGCUGGUCCAAGAAGUCUGA